AAUAUUCCAAUACUUAACAUCAUAACAAACGAUCAAUACGAUCAGUUGACUGGAAGCAGACUGAGACCUGUGAAAGUUAAAAAAGUAUAUAUAUGCAAAAACUGUGCACGCGAUAUUAAAGAAACAAUGGAAAUUUAUAUUACAAUUUUAAAACACUUAGUGGAAAGGAGGAAACGCACAAAGGCUGAAUGUCGUAAUUUGUGUGCCCUUAACAAUGAGUCUGUAGUAGACAUUUCUCCAGAGGAACAGUCAGUGGUAAUUGCCGAAUUUCUAAGAUGUAAAAAAAUGGUAGACGACGAGCAGGGAAAAGAAUUUGUUUGCCAAAAAUGUUUUGAUAAAAUUAAACUUGCCAACAACAAUCUUAAGAAAAUAAAAGAAAGUUUAAAAGAAUUUAUUGUUACAAAAACCCCCAAAAAACCGAAGCUGAAAAAUCAUACAAAUGAAACGAAAAACGAUGAUGAGCCAACAACUAGUACUGUUAUAAAUCGUCAGAACGGAAACUCUUUCACUGGUAUUUCCCCAUUGGAACAUAACAAACGAAUAGCAGAGAGGAAAGCACUCUUGGAAGAGUAUGAACAACAAAUUGCAAAUCGUCAGAACGGAAACUCUUUCACUGGUAUUUCCCCAUUGGAACAUAACAAACGAAUAGCAGAGAGGAAAGCACUCUUGGAAGAGUAUGAACAACAAAUUGCAAAUCGUCAGAACGGAAACUCUUUCACUGGUAUUUCCCCAUUGGAACAUAACAAACGAAUAGCAGAGAGGAAAGCACUCUUGGAAGAGUAUGAACAACAAAUUGCAAAUCGUCAGAACGGAAACUCUUUCACUGGUAUUUCCCCAUUGGAACAUAACAAACGAAUAGCAGAGAGGAAAGCACUCUUGGAAGAGUAUGAACGUAAUGUUAACAAAAACAAACAUUAUUCUUAAAAUUUCCACUAAAAUAGCAAUUGUUACAUACUAUUCCACAAAUUUUUUUUUCAAACAUUUAAUGCAUUUAUAUAACCGAAACAUAUUGAAAUUAAAACUGAUAAAAAAACAAAGUUGAAAAUUUUUGUAUUGAAAAUUUAAAAAAAAUUCAAAUAAAUUCAAUUUUUAGAAGAAAAUAUGAAAUAGAAAGCAGAAAAAUAUGUAUCUUUAUAAAAUCUUUACAGAACAAAUUGUAUAUGUAUAUUAAUAAAUUUAAGAAUCGUUUGAAUUUAGACAUUUAAAUGUAAUAAAAUUUUGUUAUAAAUUA